GGCCGCGAAAAUUAAAUUUUUUUAUUGUUUUAAAAGUCAAUUUUUCAAUUUUUUCUUUUUAUGUUUUUUUCGUCAAAAAUAAAACAAAAUAAUCAAAAAAUAAACACACUUGGUACAUGUUCUUUCGCGUCAACCUCUUUACUGCACACAAAAGAACUAUAGACACCUUGGUAUUGGAUCGAUCAGAGUUUUUUUUAAACCGCGGGCGAAGGCCGCCAGUGCAGUAUGGAUGUGCGAAUUAAAACAUAAAUUUUUCGAUGUGUACAGUGUAAUUUUUAAUAAAAACUAAUCAAGACUCUUGCUUUCGGUAAAGUUUACCAGAACUUAUUGUGAAUAGUAAUUGAAAAUAACGUUUAUUCGACAAAAACAAAUUUAAAAGAAAUUUUUGCGCAGCAUGCCUACAAAGUUAUCCACAUUUUUUUUGUAAAAGUGAUCGCUAUCUUUCUAUUUCAAAGUUUAACACUUAAUCACAAAUUAUGAAUUUCUCGCAGAAGAAAAAGUCACAACAAAAAAAUGUUGACGUAAAAUCUCAAAACUGGGGUAUAGGCAUUAACCAAGAACGAUUUGCAAGUGCCAACGAAUUGUUGGACCUAGCGUUUGUAAAAACACUUUUACCGUGCAAAAGUAGCUUUGAAAUAAUGCAUGGUACGCACCUCCCAACGAAUUUGCCUGGCUAUGGCAUAGCGGAUGUGUCAUCAACAAAUAGUACAACUAAUACAGCCGGUUUAUCGAAAAAGCAGAGGAAACGUCUACGACAACGUGAAAGGGAAGCUCAGCGUGCUGCAGUUCAAAUGGCAGUUAAUAAAAUUGAAUCCACAAUUAAAACCUUGCCCAACAAGUACUCUCUCGAAGGCAAUGCAAAUAUUCCCCAGAUACCUGCUCUGUCUGGUAUGUUGUACGACCUAGCCGUACAGUUUCGUACAGAGAUAUGCUUAUUACAAAUGCUCAUGGACUCGGAGACUCAACAAAAUUCUAAAACAACAACUGGAAAAGAAUUAAUUGUGGCAGAAAUAACAUUAGCGAAUAAUAGUCCAAUAACAAAAGAGGCAUUCCAAUUUAUGCGUUCAGUGAUUCUCAACGCAAUUGAGAAAUAUCAAAAGCAGAAAAAAGCCACGCCCCUUUUCUAUAGCAUGAAUCACAAUAACACGUAUAUAAAUAUACUUUGUGAAGAUGCGUUUGCAUUUGGGUGUUUGCAGGAUUGUGUUGGACGAAUGUCCGCUCUAGGCAGUGUAUCGAUGUAUCCUUUACAGGCAAGUGCUGGGCGCUUAUAUUGUUACAGUGUAAUAUACACUGGGAUUAUAAAUGAUCCAAUGAAAUUUUUGUUGCAAAUCCGUUUGCAUAUAUCGAAAUUGCGUACCGAUCACUGGAUUAUUGCAGACAGCAAAGUAUGUACCGAUGACCAAGGCGAAACUCAAUUCCUUUUCCUUGUGGAUGAAAUUUCGUCCAUAGCGCUCGAGUACCGUUAUGGCAAUAGGCUUUUUAUCUGUUUGGAAGAAGCACUAUUUCAUAAUCAUGGACAAUUACCAAAUUUCUUUUGACAACUUUUCCCAUUACAAUCAUUAGCCGGUAUAUAACGAAUGAGUCAGUGUUUAUCCCGUAAAAUGUUCAUUUAUUUUUAUAACUGUAUUUUGAAGGAAUUUACCCAAUCAAUGGUAGGAAUACGCCUAUUUUAUUUUGACACACUUAACAAUAAAUGAAAUUGAAGUGAACUGAAUCAAUCUAUAACCUUAUAAUAUUGCCAACAUUUUUUAUUUUUUCGUAAAUUAAAAAACACCUUUUUUAAUUAUACUAAUAUAAGCUAACAAUUGUUGACAAGAGCAUCGUAAAAAUUAAAAUUUGGAUAACCUUUA